GCGGAGAAUCUCGUGUCCUGGGUGCGUGGUGAAGUUCUUUGGUAACGGAGAACAUGCCAGGCCUUCUCAGGAGUCUAUACUUGUUCAGAUCGGUGAAAAGAUGUGCGCUACCGAUUCGACAGCACAGGAGUAGAACAACUUCGGCAGGCUAUUAUGUAUUACUUCCCGAGGUUCCCGAUGACACCCCGGAUACGAACAGCUUCUUGCGGCUGGGUGAUAUCCCUCAAUACAAGGGCAUCACUGGGGAAAUGGCUUACAACGGAUUGGCGAAGAGGAUUUUCGAGUACGAGGACUCGAUCCAAGAGCUUGAGGAAAAGCUGCAAGAUCCCGACUACCCCAAAACUUUCGAGACAACCAUUGGAGAGGUGGAUAAGCUUCAAGUUCCGCUUCUGAAGGCCUGGCAUAAUUUCAAGCAUCUGACCCUGAUACAGAACGAAGCAGAGUUCACGGACGGCUUCAAACGACUCCACGGUAAGUUCCGAGCCGCCAUCAAGAAACACUUCCAGUCACAAGUGUUGUACAGCAUAGUCAAAGACUUCCAGAAAGAGAUCGAUAAAUUUGAGCCGGACCAGCAGCAGCUCAUUCGGAAGUACCAAUUGGAAUGCAAACUUUCGGGCCUCGAUCUGAAUCGAGAUGAGGCCCAGGCCCUGAGGGAGCACCAGGCGAGCAUUCAGAAGAACAGCUACAUCUACAACAGCAAGCUGAACGACGCUACGAAUGCUUUCAAACAUCGCAUCGACGGCGCGAUCAUGAAAAACUUCCCGGAAUAUCUUCUGCACCACUUUGCCACAUCAUCGGGUUUCAUCGUCACUCUGAAUGAGCCUCAGUUCUCGAUUUUCCUGUCCUAUUGCGGCGAUCGACAAGAGCGAUGGAAUCUCUACCAGGCGAAAGCUAUCCGCUGCUCGAUGAAUAACAAGAGCCGAUACAACAUCGACGAAGUAGAGGCGAUCCGGGUGUCGAGACACUUCAUGGCCAAGCUUUUCGGGUUCAAUAACUACGCAGAGUACUCGCUGGAAACGAAAAUGGCUCCUUCGUUUGGAGCCGUACAGAAAACUUUGUUCGAUUUAUCCAAGAGCAUUGCCCCUGUCGCUGAUCGGCAGAUGACUGAACUUCGAGACUUCUGUGCUCAGAAAGGUUUCAAAGUUCCCCUGGAGCGCUGGGACCUCCCCUAUUGGAGGAGACGUUACCGCGACGCGAACCUCGCCAUAGAGGAGGGAGAUCUCAAACAAUUAUUCGCUUUACCCGCUGUCAUCGAAGGCAUGGUUCGACUCGUGGAUGCGCUAUUCGGUGUGGAGCUCAGGCAAGUCAAGCCGAAAGAGUCUCUGUGGGCUGAAGAUAUCACGGUGUUCAACGUUGCCGUCGAAGGGAAAGAAGUAGGGAAAAUUUUCCUGGAUCUUCAAGCCAGAAGUGAGAAGAAGCUAGGAAACUACUGCACCGUCAUCAGAGCCGCGAAUGCCGCCGCCGGCGUCCAACCCUCGACCAGCGUGGUGAUGAGUUUGAACAAUCAAACCCACGUCAGUUUAUCCGAGUUGAGCCAGUUCCUCAGGAAGAUGGGUCACGCUCUCCAGCAUACCCUAUCACGAGCCCGCUACAGUGAGACCGCAGGUCUCGCGAACCUCCCGCAUGACGUCUCGGAGGUGUGCCCUACGUUCUUCGACAUGCUUCUGUUGGAUAAACGAUUCGCGAGGAUGCUCUCGGCCAACGAAGCCCUGCCGGACGACUAUCAUAAGAGGAUCGUCGAACAGAAGCUGCAUUUGUACGCCGUCGAUAUGCAGAUUGAGCUUUUCAAGAGUUUGGCAGACCUCGAGUUUUAUUCGACGAAAGACUUCAGCGAGGAUAUCACCAAGAAAGUCUACACAUCGAUUGUGAAAUCUUUCCCGUGGCAAUUCCACGAAACUUUCCUCUUCGGAGGCUUCUGGGAGGUCAUUAUCGGCGGCUACCAAGCCGGCUACUACACUCACGUAUGGGGACCCAUGCUCGCUGCUGAGAUAUUCCAGGCGAUGCGCGAAUGCCCCGAGGAAGACUCGCUCAAAGUCUCGAGACGAUUCUGCAAUUCGAUUCUCCUCGACGGAGGCUGCGAGUCACCAAGCGAAGCUUUCAGGAAGUUCCGAGGGCGGGAUCCGACACCAGAUUCGCUCCUAGCGGUCUGCAAUCUCAAGUGAAACAUGCUCUCCUGAGUUUCCUGCUACGUUUUGUGGAGUCGUGGCGCGGGGUGCAGUCUACGAUAAGAAUAUCGAGGACCCGAUGGAGGAAGACUUGCUUCACGAACUUCAGAUGU